CGGCGGCUGCAGGCGGGCGGCGGGCAGCGGCGCGGCGCCUGACCGCAGGGCUCCGCUCCGCUCCGCUCCCGAGGAUGCUGCGGGGCGAUGCCCGGCGACAGGGAGGACGAGAUCUGCCAGAAAGCGCUGCAGCUGCUGGCCGAGCUGUGCUCCGUCGGGGCGGUGGAGAACGAGAACUGCCGCGAUUUCAUCUACUACCUGCGGGACAGAGCCCGGCCCCGCCUCAGCGACUCAGAUAUCUCAAUAAGCUUGCUCUCCUUAGUUGUCACAGCCUGUGGUCUUGCUCUGUUUGGUGUCUCUCUGUUCGUCUCCUGGAAGCUGUGUUGGAUCCCUUGGCGAGAGCGUGGUCUGCCGUUUGGGAACAAAGACAACAAGCAGGAAUCGCUGAACUACACAGACACAGAGACCAAUGACCGUGACUACAGUGAGGAUUAUCUGGGUCAGCCUACAGCCUAUCCAGAGUCCUCCAUGAAGAUCAGCCACACCUCCCCUGAUAUUCCGUUAGACACCCAGGCGGGAACGAAGGAGAACUGCGUCCACAAUGCGCGAAUGCAUCGGCAGAUCACUGAACCAACCUCUUCUGCUCGGCACAAUUCGAUCCGAAGACAGCUCAACCUCUCCAACCCGGACUUCAACAUCCAGCAGGUUCAGAAACAGGAGCAGCUGACGGGGAUCGGCCGCAUUAAGCCAGAGCUGUACAAGCAAAGAUCAGUGGACACGGACGAUGGCCGGAGGAGUAACAGCAAGGCGUGUGGAAAACUGAACUUUAUUCUCAAAUAUGAUUGUGAUUUAGAGCAGCUGAUAGUGAAGAUUCACAAGGCCAUCAACCUGCCAGCAAAGGACUUCUCCGGAACUUCAGAUCCGUACGUGAAGAUAUAUCUGCUUCCUGACAGGAAAACAAAACACCAGACUAAAGUGCACAGAAAGACCCUAAAUCCAGUAUUUGAUGAAGUUUUUUUAUUUACUGUUCCAUACAAUGAUCUGAACACAAGGAAACUCCAUUUCUCUGUAUAUGACUUUGACAGAUUCUCCAGGCAUGACUUGAUUGGCCAAGUGGUAGUGGAUAAUUUUUUAGAUUUGGCAGAUUUUCCCAGGGAAUGUAAUAUUUGGAAGGAUAUUGAAUAUGUCACCAAUGAUAACGUGGAUCUUGGUGACCUUAUGUUUUCCCUCUGCUACCUUCCAACAGCUGGUAGACUAACUAUUACAAUAAUAAAGGCAAGAAAUUUAAAAGCAAUGGAUAUCACAGGAGCAUCAGAUCCCUACGUGAAGGUUUCUUUAAUGUGUGAAGGAAGGCGACUAAAGAAAAGAAAAACUUCCACCAAGAGGAAUACCCUUAAUCCCGUUUACAAUGAAGCCAUAGUCUUUGACGUCCCUCCAGAAAACAUUGACCAAAUUAACUUGUCGAUAGCUGUUAUGGAUUAUGACCGUGUAGGUCACAAUGAGGUCAUUGGAGUAUGUCAAGUAGGCAACGAUGCAGAAAGUCUAGGUCGUGACCACUGGAACGAAAUGCUCUCAUAUCCUCGGAAACCCAUUGCUCACUGGCAUCCUCUUGUAGAGGGCCCUAUUCAGCAGGAAUGUUAUGCAGGUCUUCUGCGCUUGGAUGGCUGCCGAAGAGGCUUCCUCACCCUUUUAACCUAUUCAGCAGAAAUUUGGCAUUCCUGUUGAACUCUUUCUUAGCCAUAUCCUCAGGGGCUAUUCCACAGAGUCCAGUGGGGUAAAGACGUCCUUUUAAUCCCUCUGUCUAAUCCUCUCCCCAAUACAGGGAACACUAAUCCUGAUUCAUGAGACACAAAAAUUCAUCAGAGGUCUAACUAAAUUGCUUCCUAAGAGUUACCACAACUUACUUCCAUUGUUGUUCUCACUGCCUAAAGUCAGGCAGUAAUCCCAGUCAAAAGAAACUAUCACGUUUAUGAACAGCCACAGUGUUAUCCCCAGUGCUGAAGGACAGGAAAGACCAUAGUAUCCAUAUCAAGCCAAGAAUGAUGCUGUAAGCACCUCAUACGUGGAGGCAGCCUCUCUGAGUGUACUUUAUGCAUCAGAGUGAGGCCGUGUUACCAGAGGUGCAGCUGAAGAUUUACCUGCCUGGUUGUGAGUGCUGACCCCAGGCGGUUCCAUAAACAAUUUUCAGGCAGUAGGAAGAUGCUACAAACUGGGAAGAAUGCCACAGUCUCGCCCUGUGUCCAUAAGCAAUUGCAUUUCCCGGUGCCUGGGGACCACGGCGGCGCAGUUUCAGCAGAGUCGCAGUGGGAAGGCACCGUCCCUUUGCACAGCACGGGGGCUGCCAACGUGCAACUGUCUGGGAAAGAAGAUGGAGCAAAGUGGGGAAGCUCUGCCUGUGUGUUUGUGCCUUCAGUGACAAGCUAGAUGUGAGCUGAAGUGCCAUGUCUGAAAUGCCGACCUGGGCAUUUGGGAGCUGGGUUUGGAAAACACCUCACCAAGCUUCCAGCUGUAGCCAAGCAUUGAUAGGAAUGGCUUGAAACAGCACACAAGGAGUAGUUAUGCAGUAGUUCCUGCCCAGAAUAGGAGAAGUGUCUCUUAUCAAAAGUUCUGUACAUCAUUAUAUCCAACGUGUCUUCCCUCUUUGAUAAAUUUCAUUGCAGCCAGAGCCCACAAUUAGGUUUUGACAGUUCUUCCCUUUUUACAGGCAUCCUGUUCUUUUCAUACAUGCCUGGCUAACUUCUUUAGAUUUCAUUACUGUGGAUUGCUUUUCGUGUCACUGAGCUAAACAGAGACAUAUUUUUUUCCUUCCCAGGAAUCAAGUGGGGGAGGGUGUCCAGCGCAUCCAGGCUGUGCAGAGAAAUAUAUACACAGCAUAUCAUUUUGGUUCCUGAAUCAGGAUUAGACUCAGCGAGAGCUUCUGGAACCUCUGUGGCCACAGCCAUAGGACCCUGAAUAUUUGCUGAAUAGGACCCUCAGUCUUCUACUGUGUGAAGAGCUAUUGGUUUCAAGUAGCGUAAUGUUAUCCACUUGUAGCAUUAAUUCUCCAGCUGACACUAUUGCUACUGAUAGAUUAUUUGUAUGGUCGUAAGCAUUACCCAAAUUCAAGUCAUCAUUUCUGUUCAUUAGAAUAACCCAGGUUUUACAAGCAAAAUGGUAGCAAUGGAAACCAACAAGUAUGGGAAGCAGCAACAAACGUAGUCCUUGUAUUUGCAAAAAAGGUGCAGUAUUGUGAAUGGAUAGCUUUCUAAAUAACAUUUUUCAAGAAUGGUUGUCAUCAGACAUUUAUUUGUUGAUGACAAGUUGCGUCCUCAGUCUCAGUUGGUGCCUCCUUUCACCUACAUGAAAACAAAUUAAUAUGGUUGCUUGAAGAAAUCCUUCAAAUCUGAAAAACUGUAAAAAAAGUUCUGUUGGGUGCGAACAAGAUGCAUAUGGUAUUUGUAAUGACAGUAUGUUCUUUCAGAAAGAAGAUAACCAUCUGUAUAACAUGGAGGUUGUUAGUCCUCAACCUUUGUAGAUGAUAUUCCAGUCAAUGUUUCUUAGUUGUGUCCACAACACUGCAAAAUGUUGGAAGCAUGUCACAGGCGGCAAUGCUUGAUCAUACAAACAAGCACACACACGUUUGCCUGGGCACAAACACACCCUUUGUCAUUUUAAAAUGCUGUUCCAAAUAUAUAGUGCCUGUGAAGACUUCCUUUACUAUUUGUGGUAGAAUUAGCAGGGCUGUUUUACAUGAUGGUAUAUUGUAAAUUCUGACAAAUUCUGACCAUUAAAAGAAAAUAAAUCAAAGCGCUGGACUCUUUCACGCAAUAAAAUCUAUGCCCCAAACCAAGAGACCCUGAGAUAAUUUUUUACCACUUAUUUAGCCAUGCAUGGAGUUCUCUCUUCCUCCAAAUUUUUCUAGAGAGAAUUUGAUUCAAGUUUUUACAUAAGAUUUUCUGUUUAAAAAAUGCAAACACAAAGUAUGGGUAUUUUAUACGGUACAAUUGUCUGCUAUUUACUUACAGAUAGGGAGCCCUGGUCUUUAAAUAUAGUUCAGAUAAGCUUAUGUGCACACACAUUGCUUCAUGUCUUGUAUGUGUUGAAUGGUCACCAAGUGUUUUGGAUUUGCAACUUCGCUGACACAGAUAUGCAUGCAUGGAUUGAAGAAAUAUUUAAAAUUCUUACCCCAAAUCUGAAAAAUUAGUUUUAUAACCUAUCAAUGAGGAUCUUUCAGAAAAUAAGGAUUGUUAGUGGAUAAAGCACAGCUUGGCACUUGCAGGAAAUCUUGAAUUUGUUGUGUGUUCUGCAGCUAUAAAGCAGAAGCCCUGUAAGUACAGUGGUUUUCAAAAAUCUCGUGCCAUGCUGUGGAGAAUACUGUGAGCAAGGGUGCUUCUGGCAAACUGAACACUUCAAAACCUGCCCAAGCACAGUUUCAGAUGAGUAACAAUUGGGCAUUUAAAAAAAAAAAAAAAAAGAAAAACAGACACGAAGUUGCCACAGCAAAAUUAUUUCACUGCUCUUUCAGCUGAAGCUUUGUAUCAGCAGACCAGUGGUGCGAUCCAUUGUGUGUAUCUGCUCCUGCAUGAUCCUCACCUCAGGCAAAGUCCUGCACUCUUUACCCAGGCUCAUGUCCCAGGAGUCAAUAUGGGGAGAUGGGCAUGAGCAAAGGAGGAGGAGCUCUUGCUUUGGGGCGGAGUUCUUUGAUUUCCUGGACAAAUCUUUAUACACACACCCCUGCCUGGAACGCAGAGCCGGCAGCUUUGCCACUGCAACAUUAGCAAAAGAGAGUUCUGUGAAAACACCAUCACAGCAGUGCAGGAGACUUUCUAGGAUUUGUCCCUAGCAAUUCAGAGGGGCAUCAAACAAAAAGUGGUAUCAUUAUAGUUGCCAGUGGGUUGGGGUUCUUUUAUUUUAUUACCAUACUCAGUUUAUUUAAUGCUCAAGGGUCUGGCAUCAAAAGAAUUAUUUUGAAUGCAGUUCUACCAAAAAACAAGAAAGAAAUCUCUGUGACAGUGAGCAUUUUAAGUGGAAUCCAGCAUACCUCAAAGGCUUAGGGAUGAGGAAAACCCCCUAAAUUUAUUAUAUUCUUCUAAUUUUUGCUGUCUCAUGACUUGCAAAGUGUUACUCAGGCUGUGGCAUUACUAUGUGCUUUUUACAAAUAUCUGCCUUAUCAUAGUAGUGCAUCUAUGGAAUGAUAGCUAUUUUCUAUAUUUGGAUACUUCACUCUUCACCCUUAUACUCCACUUAACCACUGAUAUUCCCUAGACCUGAAAUAUUUUCAUGUUAUGGUUCUGGUCUGCCAGUAGACUGCUGCUGUCUUUGGACUGUAUUACAAUAAUACAACAGCCACUGGAAGAAAUAGAGGAUAGUUACACUGGAAACUCAGAGCAAACUAUGGUCCCUAUACUGUUCAGUCUUUCUUUUCUGAACUCUGAUUCUCAGAGGUAAAUUAGUAGUAGACUCACAAGAAUUAUUUCAAAGCUAAAACCCUCAUUUGUUUUCUUAUUUGCUGUGAAUGCAUAAUUAGGCUGUAUGAAAUGUAUCUUAACCCUGAAGCAGAAGAGGAGAUCCCUUAGAAGUGCAUCUCAGUAGGAUUUUAAUCCCAUUUCACUCAUUUUAACAACGUGCUAUUAAAUUUUAGUUUUUAACUUCUAGUUUUCCAUAACAAGCCACCGUGUCAGAUGUUGUUUUAUGAAAAAGCAGCGAGUGCCAAUGGAAAAGCCUUCCAAGUUACUGACACUGAGGCCAAGUACAAUGGACAGUUGUGUGAUAUUCCCAUGAAAAGACUCUCCCAGCACAACUCUUCUGCAGUUGAGUGCUGAAAUAUUUCUUUGUGUGUUUCCACUGAAAUCACAAGACAUUAAAAGCGUUCCUGCUCUCUUUAGUUUCACUUUUCCCUGUCAGUAAUCUUGGCAGCGGUGGGGAGUACCAGAACAGAAAGACAACAUGUAGUAUAAAAGACCCAGUGCUCAAGCUGUUCUUACCAGCCAUUGCACACCUCAGCUUUCUAUGCCAGCAGAUCCACAAAACACCAAAGCAGUACGUUUGACAAACUUGUUUCUUAGAAGUCCAGUUUUACUAGUGGUAGUGGAAAACUCCUGGUUCAGUCCAAAAUGAAACAGCAAAGGGCAAUGCAAAAGCAUGAAAAAGAAGAGGUUAUUUUAGUCCACCCUUUUUGGUUUGAGAGGGUGGUUGUUAGGGGGUUUUUGGUUGUUUUUGUUCUUUGGUUUGGCUUGGUUUCCUUUAUAUGUUUUUAAACGAGCAAACAUGAUAUGUAGCUAUAUUAUCAUGAGCACCCAAAGUCAGCGACAUAAAGAGACAUGUUUACAUGCUUAUCACCUGGCAACGUUCGAGCACGGUGGGGAAAUAUCUGCAGUCAAAAAAAAAAAGUUGCUGCAAACUCCCUUUCAGUUUAAAAGUAGCAAACGGUAAAUGGGGACUGGGAAAUUUAGUUGAAAAGUCUGGUUUACCCAGGUAGAAAUCGAUCUGAAAUUACUGUUGAUGCAUUUUGUUUGAACAGAAGUAAAAAAAAUUAGAUCAGGUGACUCCAUCCGAAGUGUCAUCAAUUAAAUGCUUUUUUCCCUUUAGAACAGUGCAUUGUAAUGUGAUUGCAUCUCAGUAUCAAGUGAGAAAACAAUGGCUUUCUUAUCUAGAAGAAAAAAACCAUGUAGAGAAAGUAAUCCACAAUAGUGUAGAACUUAAUAGAAGCCCCCUGUGCUGGGACAGACUUUGCAACAGCAUCACCUUGGAUCUUGUUGCAGUUAAUGGCAAGCCUCUCUCGCAGCCAUAAUUCUGUCCUGAAGUGACAGCCUUGCAGUAGGUGAACCCAGCUGUGCGAGGUGUGAGUUGUAUUUUCGUGGCACUGCACAUUCAAGGCUGAGCGGUUCCAAGAGUCAUGUUUAGAGCUUAAUUUCUAAUAGAGUGGGUUGGGCAAGGAACUACAGCUGGAAGUUCUCCAGGGUCCUCCAGUUCUCUGAGAGGACCUCCAUCUCCUUGAAGGUCCAUUAGGCGCACUAAUCCGGACGGCAGUGGAGGGCACCACCCAGGAAAGGUUUCGUCUGCGCGCCGAAGGCAGCACACGUGGCACAGAGGGGAAGAUGACCUGAGGACUUGUAAGCAUCUGGGCUGUUCAUUUGUUCCUUUGUUUUGUCUGGGGUUUUUAGUUCCUCCUUCUUUUGCUCAGACGUAGACAUUGUAAAACUGGAAUGUUUGACUCAGUUGCAUGCUGGCCAGCUGUCAUUUUUAAUACCCAUUGCAAAGGUGCGUGAAGAGAGGUGUGUUGUUUUGGUAUACUUUUGGUUUUAAUAACACAUGAACAUUGUACUAUACUUUAUUAUUUCUUGUUCAGUAAAUAGUCCUGGUAUCUCUAUGUUUCAUGUCUAAUUUUGGAGAGUAGAGCCAUACCUGUAUCAAGGCUCUCUCAAUUAGGUGGGCAUUUUGUUCGUUUAGUAGAAAUAAUGCAUGAUUCCUUUCGCAGUGAUGGUUUGAGGGACAAAAAAAAAAAUCUUAAUUUUGUAAUACGUAUUACAAUCUUCUAAACACAAGUAAAAAUGUACUGUGAUUUAUUUAUAUAAAUCUAGUCUGAACAAAUAAGUUUUGAUCUUAAUAAAAACUCUGUAAGAAAUUGUGCAAUUGUAAUUUAUUACUAUUUUGUAUUUAAUAUAUUAAAGUUCAGUUCAUUAUUGAGAAAACCAACUGGAA